AGCUGCGCUCAGCUCUCCCAGGGGAGCGGGUUCUGAGAAGUGUACGGUCCGGUGAGUCCCAUGCGCAGUCCCCUCCGCUGUGCAGCGUGCCGCUCACUCACCCCCGGGGCAGUGGAUGAUGCCGCUGUGGCUUCUCAUUCUCUGUACUUGCUGCCCCGUCUCAACCCAUCUGCCGGAGGACAGAGGCAACAUCACCGUACCUGCUGCAGGUAAUGCCUUAUUGCCCUGUGGCAGCGCGCCACCGCCACCUUUUACACUACGAUGGCUAAUGGAGGAGGCUGAGAAUGACACGCGGGGAGCUCUGACGGUAACAUCAGAAGGCUUGGAAUUUCAUUCCUCGUCGCUCAUGGUCAUCAAACAGGCGAGCCGGGAGGAUUCUGGGAGUUACUCCUGCUCAGUAGACAAUAAAACGGAAAAUUAUGUCAUCACGAGAGUCCAGAGGACAGGCGUGCAGAACUUGGGUGUUGACCCUGAAAAUGAGACUCUGCUUUCAUGUGAAGCUCCUCGGAAUUGGACCCAUCUGUCCUGGUACCGAGGUGGCCAGGUGAUUCUGGAGGAAAGAAGAGGACGAGGGGCCAGCCGUAGCCACGUAACGCUGGUGGGGAGCGAGACGUAUCUGUUAAUCACCUCUGUCACCCCCGAAGACGCCGGGGUCUACCACUGCCAUCAAAAUGGAUUGAAUAGCUCCGUGCGGCUGGUUGUGACACAGAGGACAGGUUUGGAGAUGUUUUUCAGCGAGAGAUAUUGGAUCAUCGUGGCUGUGGCUCUGAGUUACUUAGCAUUCUGCGGAGCCGUGAUGAGCUUCUUCGUGUGCACGAGACGCGGAAAAUCGAAGCAGCAGCCCGUGGCCAGGUUCUAUAAGGUCAGCAGCGUGGCCAGGAACCUAUACACCAAUGCAGCCAACCAAAUGCAAGACACGGAGCGGAAGCCGGCGGACGGCACCUACCAGAACGUCGCCGGUAUCUCCCUGAAACGGAGGAGUAAAGAAUGUUACUCAGACUGCAGCUCCUUCAUGGAGAACUCUUCGGGAGAUAACUACGAGAUCGCGGACGAGGAGAACACGCAGGAUGGAGCCUCAUAUCUGGAGCCAAACGCAACCGCCGAGGACCAGAUUUCUGAUGGCGGCUGCUACGAGAUCCCAGACGGGGAGGACGUGGAAGAUGGAGAGCACUACGAAAACGCAAGCGAAGCCAUGAAGGAGACAUCAGAGGGUUCACAGUCAUACGAGGACAUGAUGGGUUCCAUGCGCGCUCCAAACACCAACCACGUGGGUGAGGAGAGGGAGGAAGACACAGAUUCUUAUGAGAACAUGCAGACCCCCGCGUACCCUCACUCCCAGUCCACUCAUGGAAAGGAAAGACCGGCAGCCACAGAGAACCGGGGGAAGGUGUUCUUUGACGGACCUACUGAGUUGUUGGUGGAUCAAUACCAACCAAUCAACAAGCUCCGUCAGGAGGACGGAGAUUUCUAUCUAUCUUUUGAAAAGCAGAAGAUAUUUGCAGGCGCGGAGUGAAUGAUAUCUGCAGAUUAUUGCGCAGUUUGGUGCAGCGUAUCGCGCAGGGUGACGCUGUCCGCGAGUCCUUCGAGUAACAUCCAUCCAACACGAGCCGCUUCCAAUCAACGCAACCGGCGGACCGAUUAAUACAAGCGAGCGCCGGGAGAAUAACGAGAUAAUUCAUCAGUGACCAAUCAGGACCCAUUUCCCAUACACCGUUCAUCCAAUCGAAAUGACUUUGUGUUUGAUUGUUUUAUAGUAUUUUUUAUGUAAUAAAACUGUUAUAUUAAGCAAAACAGCCAAUAAAAUCAUCAGGAAACCACGAAA